AUCACGAAAAAUCCAACCAAUGGUGGCCAAUAGAAAUUCAUUUUAAGAACAAAAAUUCCAAUUCACGACAAAAACAGCUUCAUCCCUUCGUUUAUCAGUUGGAAUUUUCUUUCUUCAUUCGAUAUCCACACAUAAUUUGUGGCUUCAAAUCUCACUGAACCCCGACAUCGACUCCACCACUCUGUACUUUUCCCUUUCGAAUUGUUCCUCAACGAACAUGCUUCAUACAUGAAAGAUUGCUCUGAUCUCUGAAGUCUGAGAGCUAUGCAAUUCGGUUAUUACUGUUCAAACAUGACAAGCUCGUGACAGUUUUCCCGCCAACUCCUCCAUUUCGAAUUUGUGUUUCAAACAUGGAGAGAUUUUCUCAUAGAGAGGGCCUCCUUUCAGGUUCCAGUAGUCAGCGAUUUUUUGCGAGUCCCAAUACUUCUUCACACAGAGACUCAGAUGUUGAUUUUGCCGAUGUGUUCGGUGGCCCACCGAGACGAUCGUCGAAUUCGAGUCACGAGAGGCGUAGUUUCAGUGAAAGUACGGAAUCACGCGCAAGUUCCUCUCGAAAUCCUUGGACUGGUCUGAUGGAGAAGCCGGUUUUUGGAGAAGAAGUUUCUAAUACAAGGCGACAUACAAGCCACAACUUCUUCGAUGACAUAUAUAAAGGCAGCGAUUGCUCUAGCUCUCCAAGAAAGUAUGAGCGCGAUUCUAUAUUUUCCAUGACGGGUUCCAGGGCUUUAAGCCCCAGUCAGCCCUUGCCACCUGCAGAGCCGCUUAGUUCGUCACUUCUUGCACAAUUCAGCCUCCCUGCUAAAUUGGUUAAAGGGACUGAGUUGCCAACAUACAGUUUGGGUACUCUUAACCACCAAAGAAAUAAGGAUGGUGCUUCCAGUGGAAUAAACAAUUACUCGUAUUCUCCUUUGUCAAGAUCUUCAAGCCAAACAGAUCGAGUUGAGGAAGAUCUUAGCAAUCGUGUUCAAUCAGUCUUUCACCAGAGCUCUUUAUCCAAGAAUUUAUCUCCGAACAGUCUGGAAGUGUCAAACUUAACGACAUUAGAUGUAACAGAGGAAGUAAGCAGUUCAAAAAUGGAUUCAGGUUCUUCUAAUACUUUAACUAAUGGCGGCCAAUUUCACUUCUUUAUAUAUAAAUGGGCAAGCAAAGGAGUGCCGAUAGCAAUGCCUCUUAGGGGACGUAGUAGGUCUAGAUUGAAGGAAACAGGUAAAGUUGUCAGAUUUUCCGGCCUAAGACAGACACCAAGUGAGGCUAUGGAAAGAGAGUCACUGACAGCGACUCCAAAUGAUUUUGAUUUUCUUUGUCUCACCAAUAAGAUGUCAACAAAUACCAUGUCUUCCAUGAUUCAACUUGACAAAGAGAAUGUCACCCUAUUUGAUGGAAUCUCUCCCAGAAGAGUGGAAGGAACCCAAAUUUUUGAGGAAGAAGUUCGUGCCAAAACUGAAUCAGAAACAAUAAGCACCCCUCAGAUUAUUGGUGAAGAUAUUCCAGGUAAUAGCAAUGCAUGUGCUGCAGCAGAAGAAAGAAAAUCUCAGUCUCUGUUUGAGUUGGAUUUGCAUCUAGAACCAGAGCAAGAUACUUCAGUGUUUAAGAAAAAAGCUCCCAAGACUGAGUUGAAUACUCUAGGAUCUCUAUUAUGUGAUGAUAAUGAUGGACAAGGCAAUGGUAAGAUGGCUGCAAAGAAUGCUGUGAAAGAAAGCAAACCUAAAACCACGAAAAAGGUAUCCGCAUUUAUUCAUUCCAAUAAAAAUGUGGAGAAACAGAAUCGGGGAAAAACUAUGCCCGAUACUGCAGAAGUGGGUAAAGACAGCUUGCUAGAUACAGCUACAACCUUGGAAGGUAAUCCUGGGACGAAUAGAAUGAAGCGGAAAGUUAAAGAGUUUGUUAAAAUCUUCAAUCAAGAUCCUUCUUCAAAAUCCAAACCGGAUAUUAAUUCUCAAGGUCAUAUCUCUAGAUGGAAGGAUAGAGAUACAUUCACAAAAGAGGAUGAUUUGAUACCGACCACAAAAACUGCAGAAGAGAAUAUGGACGUGCCCAAUGUGAACCAGUGGAAAACACCAGAAGCUUUUACAAAGAUGAAGGAAAGUUAUUUGCAGACAGAGAAACAAGACUAUCAUGUGCAGCCUAAUAACUAUUUGCCUGAUGACACAUGCACUGGACAGAUAAAUAAGCCAGUAUCAACUGCAACGUCAAAUUUUGGUGGCCGGGAGGAUUUUGGUGUAGAAUCUGUAGAGGCAGAUGAACUUUUCACAGGGAACUUCCAGAUAAAAGAACUACCCCAAGACGAGGACAAACUGGCACAAACUGACAAUUAUCAUGACGAAAUCCAAGUCAUCAAUGCUAAAAUACGACAGUGGUCAAGUGGGAAGGAUGGAAACAUACGCUCAUUGUUAUCAACUUUACAGUAUAUUCUUUGGCCUGAAAGCGGGUGGCGGCCUGUACCUCUUGUUGAUAUAAUUGAAGGAAAAGGAGUGAGAAGAUCAUAUCAAAAGGCUUUACUCUGUCUACAUCCAGAUAAGUUACAGCAGAAGGGUGCUUCUCCCCAACAAAAGUAUAUAGCUGAAAAGGUUUUUGAUAUUUUGCAGGACGCAUGGACCCAUUUCAACUCACUUGGUUCGUUAUGAGUAUUGGUAAAUAAAUGCCAGCAUUACUGCUCUAGCCAAGGAGAACAGUCAGGUGCUCAUUUUUACGUUGUGCAUGAUAAUACAUUAAUGUAACGUUUUCAUUUUGACUAUGUAUAGCUUUUCAUUUUUUUUUUUCUCUUUCUUGUGUGAUGUAUUCCAUGUAUAUAUUAUACAUGCUUGGUUGCAUAAAACAAUUGAAAACACUUGUUGAUUGUAUUGUAAAAAGGGUUUUU